AUGAGGUCUCAUCCUUAUAAGAACUCUUGCGGCGGGGUGGGUACGUUCAACUUCACUUUGUUUGCCGUGCUGAAUCUUACCUUCUUUCUCGCCCGCUUCCAGCUUGCAGUAGCAGAGGUUGCGGCCUCCGUGGACUUCCUUCCUACGUCAGACCGGAGGUCCUCUGCAGGUUUUCCGGUAGAUAAAACGGCGGCCAAAGAUGAUGGACCCUUCUCCACAGCAGCGAAUGCAGCACCUGUGCCCCGCGCACCCCGCUCGGCGGCAGCUGCUGUAGCAGCUAAAACGCUAAACGAAAGCCGCGGACACAGACGUAUGUUUGCGCCGGACCCGAUUGUAGAGGAGGCUGUUACGGAGGAGGAAUACCGGAAGCUUAUGAGGAAGGCAAGGGACGCAGGGAAGGGCCUAAUAAUGAUGUUUUACUCGGCUUGGUGCCCACACUGUUUUUCGUACAAGAAGACGUUUUCGCAACUGGCAAUGGAUCUACAUCCUCGCUUUCACUUCGGGGCACUGAACUGCAUGGAGGACGAAAGCACCAUGGAUAUUUGUGGCAAGUUAGGCGUAUUCGCACUGCCUUCCAUCAAGUUGUUUGUCCCGCCGCCCCUCCACCUGAAACUACCGGACUCUGAGCAGCAUCCUAAGCACGAUACGGCGCUUGAGGGAAAUCUACAUUUGGAGUUCCCUGGGGUGCACGAUGGGGGUGCCUUGGAUUCGUUUGAUGCAUCUCAGCCAGAAAGUUUCGCUAUACAUUCCCUGGCACUCCCCAGCGAUGACGUAUAUCUUGCCGUGCAGUAUGCGGCUCAAAAAACACAGCAACAAAUUGACAAGACAGAACUCCAGAUGACGCUUGGAGGCGACCUCGCCGCCUUCGAGCAUCUGCGCGGCAUUCCAUGCAAUGCAUACAGGUGGCAACACGAACAGAAUCCCCCACCCGCGGCGUCCGAUUCCUCUGUAUCGCUGCAGGAGAAGAAAGAAGGCCAAGGGGCUGGAAGAAACAGUCUACGAUUGGGCAGUGGCGGGACGACAUCAUGGGUUUCGGCUCGAGAGCGUCUACACGACGGCAUACGGGGCCUGCAGUUCAUUUUAGCGAGCUGGGUUGUUACGCAGAGAGAGAACAUGAGUUUUGCAGAGGAGUUUGCCUUGGUAGAUUUGCUCGAAAUAGUGAGAGCUGUGGUGCCCAUCAAGUCGGUGAAGAGGGCAGCUGCUCUCGCGAUAAUCCAUCUCCAUAACUCCAUGCAGGCCCCUACAGACCGCCUUCCCUCGCGGCAGCCUAAACUCCUCAAAAACGAAAGUGCACGUUUAUCAGAGUAUCUUGAGCUAUACAGGGAGAUCGACGACAGUCUGAAUGCAACCAUGGGUCUAAGAACAGCGGAUUGGCGUAGAUGGAUAGGGUCUGUGGCAUUCGGUGCCGAAGCGCUGCCGCUACCGCCCCUGGAGGAGCCACGGCUAAAACACUGCACAACCGUCACAUGCAGUGUGUGGAUGUUGAUGCAUGUGCUAGCAGAUGGGGCUAGGGAACUCUCCGUAAAGGUCAACGCACACCCAAAGUGCGGACCCGAUGAGCUCUUUUUCAGAAGAAAAGGACAAGCGCUGCCGAUUUACCUUCUACAAGAGCAACAGCAGCAGCGAAGGCCUGUCGAUCUUGGCCAAGUUGUUGACACCGCAUCUUUGUCGACUGAAGCGCUAAUCGAGCAAAAUCCUACCUUGGGCUGCAUGUCUGUCCCCGCAUUUGAAGUCGCUUACGGCAUUUACAACUUCUUGCAGCGCUUUUUUGGUUGCAGCGCUUGCCGGCAACACUUCACUUUGCUAUUCUCAAGGCGCAGCCACGGACUGGACUCUAUUUCGCCUCCUGCGGGAGAAGCGCUCAUUCGCUUGCCUCUUCCUGCAGGUGCGUCAUCCCCUAGGGAGGCGCGGACGGAACUCCCCGUGGCAAGAGAAAGGGGCAUCUCUCUUCUUGACAGAUUCAGAGGGCAGCUUGGGGGUGCAAAAACUGCAUGGACGAAUAGGUACGCGGAGGCCAGUAAGAUGGACGAACUCAAGCUGUGGCUAUGGAGACUUCACAACGCGGUGACCGUACGCACAGCCGCUGAUACCACGCUUGCCUUCCUGAAGGGCGAUCUCGGAGCUGUUAAUUAUGCCAACUGCGACACGAGGUGGCCCCCAAGGGCAGCAUGCACUAGCUGUAGGAACACUCCACCGCCAGAGACGGGCCUGGUCUCAAUACCUCUACUGCUAGCGAGAAUUGGAGACAAGGAUAUUCUUGCUAUGGAGGAAGAAUUUGGAGAUUUUGACAGGGCACAUGUUUUAACCUUCUUGAGGAAAAGUUAUUGGCCAGAUGGCAUUGAGGAAAUGAAAAUCUGA